GUUCGUUGUUGUCUCACUGUCACAAGUUGGGUGCUACCAGGAUAGAUUAUAUAAAGAAGAAUACAUUUGAUAUAUUUCAUCCUAGGUUUAAAUAAUCAUAUAUUUAUCUCGGAGCUGAUUACUGCCUGGCUACAGCUGGACCUGAAGCUGGGACAGUUGUGCAAGACAAGUUAGCAAAAACAAAUUCAUCAAAACUGUUUCUUACUAUCGUUUGAUCUUUAUCAUUUUCAUUUGAUCUAAAAGAAACAUAAAGAAAAUGGUAGCAGGACAAGUGAUUGCAGUUACAGUUGGAGCAGGGACAGCAGUACUCAUGGCCCCUGUGGCCCUGGGAAUGAUCGGCUUCACUGCUGGUGGGAUUGCUGCUGGGUCCAUAGCUGCAUCCUUGAUGUCUACUGCAGCUGUAGCCAAUGGAGGUGGGGUAGCAGCAGGUGGCCUGGUGGCUUGUCUGCAGUCGGCAGCUGCUGCAGGGCUGUCUGGCACAGCAACAGUGGCACUGGGCAGUCUGGGGGCUGCAACUGGAGAAGGAGUGAGAUGGCUCUACUCAAAGAUCUGGAAGUGAUCCCUUCACAUCAUGCAUUUAUGAAGCAAUUAUGGUUGUAAUGUCAAUGCUCUUAAAUGUCAUAAAUGAUAUCAUUAAAGGAAGGAAGUAGUAAGA